CCCCGGUCAAAAAUCGACCAAAGCUAUUUUGACAAUGCUGGCAGUUCUUUCAAAACAAAUUUUACGAUAAUAUAAACACGAGUGUUUAAUAAAUUACAAAUUUUUCAAGUUUUCUUCGUAAUUUUGGAACAACUCGUAGGUUUUUUCACUUGAAACUAGUCGCCCUUUGGCGGAAUUACAGCUGUAACAUGGGCAAAAAGAAGUUCAUUGACAAAAAGAAAGCGGUCACUUUCCGUCUCGUGAACCGUAGCCAGCAGGAUCCGCUAUUUGUGGACGAAAAUGCUCCCCAGCAUGUACUGGUACCAGUAUCCGCGCCCAGUAGAGACGAUCCACGAGCUUCCGGUGUUGCUUCCAGGGCAUCGAAUUCCGCUGGGAAGAUCGAUACGGAUAAACGCCGAACCGAGCAGGCUAAAUUUGGAAUCUACUUCGACGAUGAUUACGAUUAUUUGCAACAUCUGCGUGAACCUGGCCGGAACGAGGUGUACUGGGAACCGGUUCAGCCCUCCAAGACGGCUGGCGCAGAAAAAGUCAGCAUUCAGUUACCGAGUUCGGUGUUUGCCUCCGAAGUCGAAGAGCAAGACGGUCUCAUGAAAAAGAAAGCCCUACAACGACCGGGACCACGUCCGGAUUGGGACCCGGACGUUGUGGCAGCACUAGACGAGGACUUCAAUCACGAUGAUCCGGUCAAUCAGCUUGAGGAUAACUUUAUGGAACUGGCUAUGGGUGGCGAUGGGGAGGCUAUGGAUGAUGAUGAUGAUGGUUUGUUUGGCGAAGACAGCGAAGGUGAAGAAUAUGGGAGCGAUAUAGAUUCUAAUGAGGCAGGGAUGUCGGGUGACAAUGAAGAGCUUGACGGUUUGGGUCCGUUGAAAUUUGACCGUGAGGAAACAAAGUCUAGAUUCACGGAAUAUUCUAUGAGCAGUAGCGUGAUCAGAAGGAAUGAGCAGCUGUCUCUGUUGGAUGAUCGAUUUGAAAAGUUUUACGAGCAGUACGAUGAUCCCGAGCUAGGGGCCUUGGAUUGUGAGGACAUCGAAGGACAUGUCGAUAUUAACGAUGGCGUACUGCUGCAAUACGCGGAACAGUACAGGAAGGAGCGGGAUGAAAAGUACGAUAUAGCUUAUGAUAAGCAGUGGGAUAAAGAACGCAUUUUGAAACUGCAGGAAGUAUCUUCCGACGAAGAAGAAAUGGUCGAACUUGAGGUCGAAGAUGAAGCACAGAAAAAGUGGGACUGCGAAAGUAUUCUUUCUACCUACAGUAACAUCUACAACCAUCCGAAAAUGAUUGAAGAACCGAAAAAACGAAAAUCAGUUCCCAAAAUCACCAUCAACCCGAAGACCGGUUUACCCAUGAACGCUCUCGGGACCGAUAGUGGAAAAUUAACUGUAAAAUCUCUAGCGAAGCUGGACCACGAAGAAAGCGUCGUAUCCAAACCGGCCACCGGCCCGAAGUCGCUUUGUGCCGGAAGUGUGAUUUCAACCUUGAGUGUACUCUCGAUACGGCCGAAGGAUGAAUCGCCUGAGGAGAAACGGGAACGGAAAAAGCUGCUCAAAGAAUACCGAAACGAACGGAGGAUAGAACGGAAGGCCAACACAGCCGCUUUCAAGCAAGAGAAGAAACAGCAGGAAAUGAAUCAGCUCAAUAGUCGAGCGAAUGCUGGCGUGAAGAUUGUUUGAAAAGAAGAUGGUAUCAAGUUUCAUCUGUUCGAGGAAAUUUAUGCUGUACGUGUUUGUUUGAAUAUAUAUCAAUAAAUAGAUUCAAAUAUGUAA